AUGAAAUUAUUUGGAAACUGCCAAGUGAGGGAAAGUGAAUUUUUGAGACUCACACAUGAAAACGUAGUGGAGGGUCUGAAGAAGCUACAAGAUCUACAUAUCUCCUUUAACAGGCCUUACGACUUCUUAGCAGAUAUGAUAAAGAGUGACCUACAUAUGGAAAGAGUUAGACAAAAGAUUGUGAAGGAUCAUGAGAGGGUGGAAGAAAAGGAAAAAAAUAAAAUAAAAAGAAUGAACAAAAAAUUUAAUAAAAAAAGUGGCUCUGCAAAAGUUGCUAGCCAAAUGGAAGCUAUAGAGAAAAAAAAAAACUUGCAGAAGAUUGACCAGCUGCGGAAGGAAGAUAAGCUUAAUACGCUCAAUGUGCAGGAUCGGACCAAGAGAAGGGCCGCCGGGGGGGGAGCACACAGAGCGACCGGAAGGGGAAUACAAAAAGAGACCAAAAAGGAAAUACAAAAAGCGAUAGAAAGGGGAAUAUAA